AGUUGACCUUUUUACCGUGGAGGACGCAAACAUUUAUUAUGUUAAGUUUGCUUCCAAUCUUUAUAAUUGUGCUAAAGACACAGGAAGGAACAAGUCAAGUCUGCCGAAGGAGUUCAGGCUGUGGCGGGGGAUGUUAUUGCCAAGAGGUAUAUAACGGGAUUGGACAAUGUACUUGUUCAUAUUCUGGUGGAAGUUCACAUCAUUACAGUAAUACCUUUUUGUCUUGGGGAGAAUGGACGACUUGUAGUGUAACCUGUGGUAACGGUUCCCAACAAAGGCAUAGGAGCUGUGACGGAUCAUGUUCUGGUUCGUCAUCACAAUCAAGGACCUGUCAUCCAGGCCCUUGUCCAGUAAACGGAUCGUGGAGUUCAUGGGGUAACUACAGUCCCUGUGAUAAAACGUGCGGAAACGGCUGGAAAGUCAGAUUCAGGAAGUGCAGUAAUCCUCAACCGGCAUAUGGUGGUCUUUCUUGCAUCGGUGAUUCAUUGGAAGCAGUCCGGUGCAACACGUUUCAUUGCCCUGUUGAUGGACAAUGGUCAGCUUGGUCAGGAUAUGGACAGUGUAGUAGUAGUUGUGGGGCUGGUAUUCAGAUAAGGAUUAGAAACUGUUCUAAUCCUGCACCUGAAUAUGGAGGUAACAACUGUUCAGGAAGUUUUAAGGAGAGUCAGCCGUGCAACCUCAGGCAUUGUCCAGUGAACGGUAAUUGGGGUCAAUGGGGUCACUUCCGGCCAUGUGACAUGCCAUGUGGUGGGGGAAUUCAUAUCAGAAUGAGAGGAUGUGACGACCCUCUUCCUUCUUAUGGAGGGCUUCAAUGUCCCGGUCAAUCAGUUCAAACAGAGGCAUGCAACACUCAAUCAUGUCAAGAUAUAAAAUUAGUGACUCUGUCAAACAACUUGCUGGGAUAG